GGGAAAUCCCAGGAAUGAGCAACUAUUAACUACUGGCUGGGUGCAUGGUUAUGUACUGCUUUCAUGCACACGAAGCGAUCAUUUCAGUACCAAAUAUGUGUUGAUCUUUCAUGGAGGUGGAUUUCAACAGAUUUACGGAGCCUGAAUAUUCGUCCUGUUCGUGGUUUGGGUUCUAGAGAAAGAGGUUAGUUUGGUGUCCGUUAUGGCGUCGGUAAUUAUUCCGGGGCAUUUUAUGCUCCCACUUCCCAUCAAUAAAGACAUCAACAUCGACAAAGCAGCUGUAGAGACGAAGAUCAGAGUCCUCAGUCAAUUCCAGAAAGUCAGAGUUGGCCGCCCCGAGGAGCUAGCCAUCCUCAACCUACAGGGUAUUCUAACCACAAGGCUUCGACGCUACGAGGAUUCUCUAGUGUACUUUCACCAGGUUCUCAACAAAGACCCAGAGAAUCUCAACGCCUUGGCUAAUCUACAGUACGUGUUGGAGAAGCUUUUCCGAUUGUCCGAGGCACAGGAUUCCAAGGAUGAGUGGACUCGACUUAUUCACUCCAAAGAUCCUGAGGCCCUUAACUGCCUGAAAGCCCGAUGUUUGGCUGAACAUGCGUAUGCUUAUGCCUUCGAUGUCCACAGCGAUACCAAGGGCGCGAAAAGGUACAAACAAUCAAACAAACUUUACCGCGAGGCACUGACGCUGGCCGGUGAUGAUGUGAAGCCAGCAGAGUAUCAUGACUGGAUUUUCAAUAUGGCGAUUGCUCAGCAUACACUUUUUGAUCGGCUGUGGUAUGAAAACGACCCUGAGGCAGGUGGGUACAUUGAUGAUGCCGUAAAAUCUUUCUUCAAAAUAACUCGGAUGAUUCCAGAAGACCCAGAACUUCAAUGGGACAGUUGGCGUCAUUUAGCAGCCAUUUUUAGGGCAUUGAAAAUCAGAAAAAUUUCCAAAACACAGAUACCUCCAAGCCUUGAGGAGUUUCAGGAGAACCCAGAGAAAUGUAUGCAGAAGGCAAUGGAGAUCACACCCAAUAACCCAAGACUACUUGCCCGCUACGCUAACUUCCUGUACUCACUAAAUAGGGAAAUUCAGAAGCCACUUGAGUUGUUGGAGCAGUCUAUAAAUUUAGAUAGUACAGAGUUUAACUUUUAUGCAUUUACUACACGGGCCAUGAUCAGUAAAAAAUUCUACAAGCAUCGUAUGUCACAGCAGAAGCCUAAGACGCAAGACAGUGCAGAGUUGGCCUUCUUGAGGAACACCCUCCAAGUUGCUAAAAGUGACUUAAAGAAAGCAAUGUCCAUGCAUGUCACUCCUUGGGACUUGAUGCAUCUCGGAGAAGUAUACUACCUCCUUGCACGGAACCACACCCAACAGGACAAUGAGAUUAGAAACCUAGUUGAGAAGGCUCUCCUGCAGUUGACAAGGGCAUCAGAUUGUCAAGAUGGAUAUAUGCAAAAGGAACUGUACAGUAUCAGAGGUCGCUGUCUUUUUGACAUUGGUGAGAAACGCUCUGCGAUAGCUUGCUUCAAACAAGCGAUUGACUGUGAACCUUCAAACAGCAAAUACACUGGCAAUUUCAAUGAGCUGUUUGAUGUAUACCUGAAUAUGCUACAGGAUGAAGAGCUUGAUGAUCGUUCUAUUAUUGCGGAGACAGCCUUUUUCUUGAAAGAAGCUCUUGUCAAAUACGGGCGCAAUAAUAUGGGCAGGUUCUGCAUUGGAAAGCUGGGGCAACAUCACAAAAGAGAGCUUUUUUUAAUUGAAGAGUACUGCACGAAGUACAAGAAUGAAUACAAUGAUGUUUUUCGUUUACUUCAGGCAAGGACUGUAUCUGGAACGACUGUAUCUACUGACACAAGAAAAGAGAGCAAACUCCACCAGGCUUGGGUCAGGACACUUCCAUCUUCCAGAGCAUGGCGUGUCGAGCAAGCGGAAGCGUCUGCUGCUGGCAUUGCUGCUGAUGGUGCUGCUGCCACAACUGCUGCAGCUGCUGCUGAAGGUGGUGCUGUUAGUGUCCCUGCUGGUGCAGAGGACACCGGGUCAGAGAAAGAAGUGAAGUCUCUCGAAAGCAAGGUAGCACGCAUGAGCUUCGAAGAGCAACCACAAGAGCAAAAACAGCCCAUCAGGAAGGCACCAGACGAGGCAAGAAUCCAACAGUUUGAAAACGACUUCUGCGUGAUAUACCCGGAAAACCAAAAAGAAUGGGUAUUUUACGAUCUAUUAAACGAACUGGAAGCUGUAAGAAAAUUGAAAGGUUAUAUUCAAGACAGGAAUUCUGUUCCCGGAACAUUUAAGAUCUCUAAUGAAAUCGAAAUGAUGACUAAAUGUGCCAGCAUAUUGUUGGUCAUCAACAAGGACUUUCAAAAGGAGUGUAAGCACUCAAUGAUUUACGCACUGGAGAUGAGAAAGGACCGGGAGAAUCCUCGAUACAUAAUACCGAUCCUACGAGAUAACUCUAAGGUUCCGGUUGAGGUUAAUAUCUUCAACACAUUCGACGCGAUCGGUGCAGUUGACUGGGAUAAACUGGCAAAUGCCAUCGAACAGCAGGUUUACGCAUGAAACAGACGCACAGAGUAAUUAUAGAUGACCAAAAUAAAAUGACUUUCUGGAAUAAAGUUGAACAGGUGGACUAUAGAUAAUCUUGGAUUUGAUAUGAUUGACUUGUUGUCCUUGAACAUAGGAGGGAGAUGUUGUCCUGGAUUUGGCGCUUUGACCGAUAAAAAACGCUUGUGGUGAAAUGAGUUUGGUUGGAAAUAUGUUUUAAAAGUAGAAUAUAUUGAUCGACACCAUUAUGCCUCAUCAUAGUGUGGUUUUCCUUUUAAGUUCUAAACUAACAAGGUCCGCAAUUUAUUUAACAACAAAUUGGAUCCCACAAAAUUGCAAAGUAAGAGGAAAGUCACAGGAACUCUAGGCAUGUUUGGUGUGGAUCGUUAUUUUGUAUAUUCCCUUUCCAACACGAUUGGUAUCUCAAAGUAAUGGUUAGCAUAACAACGUACUUUGUAUAAAACAAGCAAAGGAGAGGUGUUGAUGGUAUUUACAUGUAUGAGAAUUAGCUCUCUCUGAAAUACGGAAAAUUUUGAGAAUGAGGAAACUUCUCACUUAACAAAAUACUUCAGGCCUGAUGCAUUUUAAGGUAUCUAAAAGCACACAGGCCUGAUGCAUUUUAAGGUAUCUAA